AUGCGAGAAGGUGCCGCUGGCUGUUCUGCCCACGCAGAUGGGUGUGAUGGAUCGACAGUAAAUUGUUCGAUCUUUGGACGCAAGAAGAAGCAAUGUCGCGACAAAUACUUAGCCAAACACAAUGCUAUAUUUGAUAACUUGGAUGUGGUCACAUAUGAGGAGGUUGUAAAAGUGCCAGUCGGUGAUCCAAACUUUCAACGGAAAACGUUGGUUUUGCUUGGUGCGCAUGGAGUGGGUCGCCGUCACAUUAAGAAUACAUUAAUUUCCAAGUAUCCCGAUAAAUAUGCCUACCCCAUACCACAUACAACGAGACCUGCUAAACCGGAGGAGGAGAAU